CCCACUCAAUCCAAAUUCAAAUCAAACCCUAACCCCAAUCCUCUCAUGGCCGUCGUCCGGGAACGUCGUCAGCUCAAUCUCCGCCUUCCUCUGCCGGAAAUCUCCGACCGCCGCCCUCGCUUCCCUCUCCCGCUCCCUCCCGCCGCCGAAAGCAACCGCUCUUCCUCUUCCUCUAACGCCUCAGCCGCCGACCUCGAGAAGAUUCAAGUUCUCGGCCGCGGUAACGGCGGAACCGUCUACAAAGUCCGCCACAAGAAGACCUCUGCAAUUUACGCUCUCAAGAUCAUUCAUGGCGAUUCUGACUCCAACGUCCGCCGCCAGCUCUUCCGCGAGAUGGAGAUUCUCCGCCGCACGGACUCGCCUCACGUCGUCCGAUGCCACGAGAUCUUCGAGAAACCCUCCGGCGACUUCGGGAUACUCAUGGAGUAUAUGGAUUCCGGAACCCUCGAGAGCGUUGCGAAAUCCGAAGGGACUUUCUCGGAAUCCAAACUGGCUGACGUGGCGAGGAAAGUCCUCGACGGUCUCAACUACCUCCACUCCCACAAGAUCAUCCAUCGCGACAUCAAACCAGCGAAUCUCCUCGUGAAUUCGAAGAUGGAGGUGAAGAUCGCCGAUUUCGGAGUCAGCAAAAUCAUGUGCCGGACCUUAGAUGCCUGCAACUCCUACGUCGGAACCUGCGCGUACAUGAGUCCUGAGCGGUUCGACCCGGAGACUUACGGCGGAAACUACGACGGCUACGCCGGAGAUAUCUGGAGCUUGGGUCUGACUCUAAUGGAGCUCUAUAUGGGUCACUUCCCUCUUCUACCGGCGGGUCAAAGACCCGAUUGGGCGACCCUGAUGUGCGCUAUCUGCUUCGGCGAGCCACCAGCUCUGCCGGAAGGUGUCUCCGACGAGUUCAGGAGCUUCGUUGAGUGUUGUCUUCAGAAGGAGUCAAGCAAGAGGUGGUCGGCUGCUAAGUUGUUGGGUCACCCGUUUAUCUGUAAAGAUCCGAGACCCGAAUGCUAGAUCCGACCCGAAUUACCUUUCGGAUCCGAGAUCAGAGAAUAUAGCUUUUUUGUAUAUACUCAUCGGAUGCAGGAGAUCCUAGACAGUUGAUUUUGAACGGUUAAUAGUUUUGUGUUGAGAAUCUUUUGAGAUUAGGCAUCGGAACAUUGUACAUUUUAGUGGGACAUAACCUUAGCUAGGAUUAAUUGAUUCAAUGAAACAUUUUUCUAUUAUUAAUAUCAUUAUUUCUAUUUUUAAUAUCAUUAUUUCUUUGAUUUA